CCCGGAGAGAAUUUUGUAAAAAAAUUAUUGAGCCUACUCUUGAUUUAAAACGCUCUAUCGCGUACGAUUCUGAAAUUUAAAUACAUAAAAAUAAAAUCAAUCGAAUUUUUGUUUAGUUGAAAGAUUUUCAAAUGUUAAUAAUAUAUUUAGGUAUAUCACAAUCACCAUAUGAUCUAGAUGAUAAAGAAGUUGCUGAAAGUAUGUCAUGUACAACAAAUUAUCCUCUUCCAUAUGAAACCUUACCAAAUGAUGAUAAUGAUGAUGGUGAUACAGUAUUUAUGCCAAUAAAAACAAAUGAUGAUGAUGAACCAAUUAUUGGUAAUCAAGAUCCACUUUUAUCACCAACAAAAUAUGGUGAUAAUUCACGUUGGUCUAAAAAAAGUCCAAUGAAAGGAUCAAAUACAUCUGGUCGUCAAGAUAUCGAUGAUUUUAGUGAUCCAACUGAAACAAUUGAUAAAGAUGAUGAUUCAACAGCUGAUGAAGAAGAUCUUCCACAUACACGUAUAAAACGACGUGGUGGACGUUCACUAAAUAGUUCUCAAAUAGUAUUAAAUACUGAUGCAUUACAUGAAAUUCGUCAAUUAACUCGUUUAUUAAAUGAAUUUCGUUCACAUAAAACAAAUAUUCCUUCGGAAUCUCUUUCACAUAUGACAUCACAUUCAGAUUAUGACAAAAAACUUGAACAAUGCUAUCAACGUCUUGAACAAUUGACAAACAAAAUUGAUAGAAUGAUUAGUCUCGAACCACCUGCAAUGAAAUCUGUACUCGAACCAUAUCGAGAUAUGAAAGAUAAUUUACAUAAAGAUCUUGCAACUAAAUUAUUAGCAACUGAUACAGUUAUUAAACAAACAAUUACACAAAUAUUUCGUUCAAAAACAAUGAUCGAUUCUUUAAGUCAUACAAUAUCUAAUGCAAUACAAUCAAUAAUGAUAACAUCUUAUCGUGAUACAUUUAAUCAAAUAGUAAUACCAUCAUUUGAAAAAGCUGCAACAAAUAUGUUUCAACAAACAAAUGAUGUAUUUAAACGUGGUACAAAAGAAUAUUUACAAGAAAUGAUUGAAUAUGGUCGACAACAACAACGUUCAUUAAUUCAACAACGUAAACAAAUGAUGAAUGAAAUUCGUAAAGAAUCAAUACAAUUAAAUAAAGAAUUUGAAAAGAAAAAUCAAGAAUUAGUAAAUACACUUAAAAAUGAUAUUACUCAAUAUAUGACAACUAAUUUAACAUCUAUAAUUCGAGAAACAAUACGAUCUGUAUUACGUGAUGAAACAACUGUAAUCUUUCGUGAAUUAUUAACUACACAAAAAAGUGAUAUAAAUAAUUUACUUCAACAAACUCUUACUUCAAAAUCAACAAUUAGUCGAACAACAACACCAAUACCUACUUCUUCUAUUAUUGUAUCAUCACCAACUAUAAUAAAUACAAGUUCAACAUUAGAUAUUAAACAACAACAUGUAUUAAAAGUUGCUCGUGUUGGUCAAUUAAAUCAAGCAUUUGAAUUUGCAUUAUCAGCAUCAGAUUUAAAUCUUGUUUUAUAUUUAUGUGAAAAUGUUCGUCCACCAGAACUUUUUUCAAUUCAACCAUGUCCAUUACAACCUCCUGUUCUUCUUUCAUUAAUUCAACAACUUUCAGCUGAUUUAAAUACACAUCAAGAAUUAAAGUAUAGAUAUCUACAUGUAGCAUUAAUUUGUCUUGAUUUAUCACAUCCAAGUGUACGUGAUUAUUUACAAACUGUUCUAAUUGAUCUUAGUAAAAAAUUACAUACAUAUAUUCAAGCAAAUCCAUCAACAACGAUGGCUAAACGUUUUCAAUUAUUACUUAUGGCAAGUCAAGGUUUAGUGCAAAAAAUUGUUCAACAAAGAGCAACACCAAUAAUACAAACAACAACAUCAUCAUCAUCAUCAAAGUAG